GACAGCAGCAGCAGCAUCUUCACUCGUUCAAUCUGCACAGAGACUCUCCAGCUCCACCAGGAAACCCAUCUGCACAAUGACCUCCAUCAGUCGCAGGGAGUCGGCGUGCCGGAGUCUGUUCGGCCCCGUGGACCACGAGCAGCUGCGCCGGGACCUGAAGCACAGGCUGCGGGAGAUGAGCGAGCAGGACAGCCGCCGCUGGAACUUCAACUUCCAGGCUGAGACGCCGCUGCCCGGCCGGUUCCAGUGGGAGGAGAUACCAUCGGACUGCGCUGCUGCUUUCUACCUGGAGCCUGCGGAGCCGAGGGAGGCUGCCGGUGCCCCGGACACUGAGGAUGAGGAUGGUGGUGGUGCUGGUGGUGAUGGUGAUGGUGAUGGUGGUGGUGGUGACACGGGAGGAAGCGCAGGGACCGACCAGGAGAACUGUCCCCGCAUCUCCAACACCAAGCGCCCCGCUGAGGGGACGCCCGUCCGGAGGAAGAGGUCUCUCUCCAAACCCGCAGCCAAACCCAGACAUUACGCACGAAUUACAGAUUUCUUCGCAAAGAGGAGGAGAUCGACAGAUACUAAGAUCCCGAUCCACUCAAGCUCCAGUGACGCAGCUCAGUGCAAAACAAUACGAUGAACAAGCUGCCGAACAAAACUCAAAGACUAUUUAUAUUUCCACAUGCACAACAUUUACCUGGACUGGACCAAAGGGAUUUUAUGUUGUUUUAAUUUAAAUUAUUGCAUUUUUAUUAUUAUGUGUGUGUGUGUUCCUGACAUGAAAUUCUACAAUUUUGUGUUAUUUAUA